AUGGAGGAAAAGGUUGUCACAGGACAGAGACACCCCCACACUCCUUUCUCCAUCUUGGACAUCUUGAACCAUGCCAGGAGCAGUGGACAAAGAGCAGUAGGAGAAGCUGAGCAGGAGUCCAGGUCAGAGGAAGAAGAUUCAGGUAAUACAAUGUUUCCCUUUUUAAUGUAAGCUUUCCUGAAGAACUGCACACAUACUGGUCCUCAAACUAUAGGUUCUUCAAAGUGUAUGGGAAACUACACACCACAAUAGCUGUAGUGCAAAAAGUUUGUGUAGCCAUAAGCCAUGCUUCCCUAGAAUUAUUGCACUCAGUUGUUAUCUAAAUGACCAUAGUUAAGCAUUUUUACAAAGGGUCUAAAAUAGACUUUGGCUGGUAGGGAGUGAUGUUUAAGUAAAGAAACUUUGCUCUUUGUUUUAUUACUACAACAUCAGUUGUGCUAAAUAUAUUGCUUGCCUACAAGGAUGUUAGGACUGGUAGUCUGAACAGUUGAUAAGCUAAACAGGAUCUCCUGUAAUGUGGAUAGCAGUGAUCAGCAUUGGUACACAUGUAAUACGAUGGAGAAAUGAAUUAGUUGGACAUCAGUAGCCAGGAAUAAAGCAUCAGUUGCGUAUUUAACCACAUGAUACAUCAGAUUAGUCAGUGAUAACAUCCCCACUUAAACAAAGCAAUUGUAACACAAGAUCAAUAAACUGCUGUUGUAAUGUGCCAUUAAUUGAUAGAUAACUUCCCCAUUGGGAGAAAUAGAUCUUGGCAAGGACAGAUUGAAUCAUUAGACAGUGAUGUGUGGAUCAUGAAAUUCAGGUGUGUACCUUAAUUAAUUUAAUAUUAUAGAUUAUCGAUUUAUUAUAUUCUGGCAGGAAAUUAGCUAAAUUUAAAAAAACAAAAAAAACCUUAGCUUUAAUCCCGUUGUAAUAUGUAACCCCUUUUAUUCUGUCCCAUGGUAGCAAUGACAGAAACACAUUUAGCAAUAUUAUCAUCAUUACUGGUAUUUAUAAAUCUCUAGCAUGUUUUGCAGCAAUGUACAGACAAUAGAGUAUAGACAAACUAGCACAAAAGGAAAAGAGGAUCUAGCCGGAGAGAUGAGAUCUAACAUUUAGACCCCUUUUAUACAGUACUUAACUAGAUAGCCCAAGAGCUUACAAUCUAAAAUAGUAAGGUAUUGACACCAUACACAUUUAAAACAUUGCUGUUGCUUAAAGAAGCACAGUAAUAAGACUAUAACUACUUCACACUGGCAUUAACCAUAAUGAUGUUUGAUGAUUCCACACACUGAGGAAGUUGAGGUACAGUCAGAGUUGGAAAAAUGUUAGGGUUCAUCCUAUAUAUAUAUAUAUAUAUAUAUACUUGAUGUGAGAGCAUAAAAUGAUUUAAACACUCCUACCGGUUGAAGUGGAUUCUGAAAUGUGGUGUUUGGCAUCACCUGUAAGCACAAACAGACAUUUUCAGAUUUUAAUCCACGUUUUUGAUUGCUGCCUUCACAAUGUCGCGCUGUGUAAAAAUACAACUUUUUAUGUCAAUACAUGGGUUAUGUUCCCAAUGGUUCAAAGACUAACCAUAUUAUUAUUAUUAUUAUUGGCAUUUAUAUAGCGCCAACAAUUUCCGUAGUGCUUUACAAUAUUAGAUUAAACAGUUUAAAACAUAUGAAAAAUAAUGUAAACAUUAUUAAUGUAGCAGCUUUACUAUUAAAAAAAUAUACCAUUUAAAUGUUCAAUAAAAAGGUAAUUAAGGAUUAUACAGUUCUCCAUUAUGUUGGUUCUCUAUACAAAAAAAAAAAAAAUACUUCACAUGAAAAAAUAUAUAUUUCUAAAUAUUUAUAUAAAAUAAAGCAUAUAGAAAUUAAUAUAUUGUGAUAAAAAAACAAAAACAUAAACAUGUGAAUCUAUUUGUGCCUCUAUUCUGUGUUAACCUGUUAAGUACCAUGCUGUGUUACCCAGAGCACUGCUUUAUAAAAUCCAUUCUUAGUAUUUGACGUUUAUCACCUGUCUAAUCACAGACAGAAUUAUAGGCACUUACACCUGAAAGGUCUAGAUAGGGUUAUAGGAUUUAAGAGCCGAUGACGCACAGAUUGGGCCCACUGAAUAGGUGGGGUAUGAAGACUUUGUAAUUAUUACCCUGCCCCAAUGGGAUGCAGGGCCAAGGAGGUUUAGAUGCAGGAGUCCUGUCCCUGGCAGUGAUCAAUAUCCCAUUACUGGUGACUGCAUAUCUCUGUGCACAAGGCUCAGAGACUCCAAGCCUGAUGAGAGAACCCUGUAAUAUAAAGACGACAGCUAUCGAUCCUCAUCACCGACCAGUCACUCCAUCAGGGUGUAGGGAAGCGGGCAAUUUCUACUUAAUCAUUUCUGUCUAAUAAUAAGAUCAGUUAGUCUGAGCUUGGUCUAACUGGACUCUGGUGUGCAGGUUAUGGGUCUCACGCUGUUUGUAGAAGAGGGGAACCUGGGUAUUGAGUACUGUGUGCUGAUCUCAGCCACUUGUGGAUUUAGGGGGUUAUUAAAGGAAGCAAGAGAAUUCUGAAAUAGAAGCCAUAUAGAAAAGUAGGCGAAUUCCAAAUGUAAAUUUUUUUUCUAACUGCCAUUGUAGCCCACACACCCUUGACUGGCUCAUAGAUGAUGUUACUCAUUAACACUGAACUGUGCUGAAUUGAGAAGUGAAUAGCAUGAUUUGGGCAGUAUGGAGCAUAUGGAAAAAUCUCUAACUAAUCUAUCGCCAUAGCUUGACUAUUUCAGUCUAAUUUGAUAAAUUCAGUGUUCAGCUUAACACAAUUUCUUGUUUAGUGAAUACAAUUACAAAAUGUCAAGUGUCAUUACAGUGCAUUCAUAAAAGAUUCAGAAAUUUAGAAAUAAAUUUAGAAAAUAAAAUCACUACAGUGCAGUUCAUAAUAGCACUAUUCUUAAUGGUGUCAAUAGGUGGGCACUACAAAUGUUAACUUAGGCUCUCAGAAUGCUGUAACUACCCUUAUUUAUAUCCAGAUUUAACCUCAAUUAUAGAAUUUGAAAACUAGAAUCUCAAAGCUCCAGUGUCCUCUUGAGUUAGGGUAUACACAACUGUACCCCCAGCCUCUAUGGAAAGUGGGAUAAGCCCCCUCAUUAUACUGACAUGCAUCAUAAUAUACUGCACUGUUAUGGUACUGCACUUUUACGAAUGUGGCAUCAUUACAAUGUUGGUAUUAGGCAUGUGCAUUAGUUAUCGGACGAAUAUGAUUUCGUCUGAAUUUUCUGACUUUUACGUAUUUGUUUACUAUAACAUAAACGAAAGUCCUACAUACGAAUUAUAUACGAAACGAAAGGGUUAAUUCCUAAUGUAUUACCUUUUCGUUUGAGUUCUUUCGUUGAAUAGACUCUGUGCUACAGGAGAAUUAACACACACAGCACUGAGGAGAAUCAAAAAAACCUGGAUCUCCCUGCAGCAGGAGACUUAACCCGUGCGUGUAAGAGUCUCCCAGCAGACCUGCACAGAUUAAAUCUCCCCACACUGGUGGCUAAUGCUAUUGCUAGCUCUCCCUCCACUGAGAGACUUCACUGCUGGUGUACUUCGUGCUGCAGGACAAUUAACUCCCACAGCAUGGAGGAGAAACAAAAAAAACGCUGGUUCUCCCUGCAGCCUGAGACUGUGCCCCCCUUAUUGCUUAAUAGCUGCCCAGUCACUAGUAGUUUUAAAUGUUUAGGCAACAUGCUCCUACUUGCGACAUGCUGAGAGUAGGGGCAUGUGGGAAGAUUUAACCUCCCUGUGGCAGAACACUGUCACUGAAAUACUCUGUUCCUUACCAUUCCCUGUUUUGUUCUGUAAAUACCGUGUUCACAUACUUUUUCCCCUGUUUUGUUCGGUAACCAAACAAAAUCACGAAAUACCCAGACCACCCAUAUGCUUAUUAAACUCGUUCACCCCUGUUAACACCUUAAUAACGAUUCACACCUCAGUGUUCUAGGUGGUCGGCUGGCUGGCCGCUGUUUGUAUGCACGAACACGUGUUUGCACGAACGCAGACAGUGGUGUUUGGUCAUCGAGUGCAUGGAACUAAAAUCGGACACUCGACCUCGUGAACACCGCUGAACUUCCAUUCCCGCCUGAGUUAGUUUCUUUACAUCCUGGAAGGUCACUGUUCGGUGGAAUCAUUUGCAUAGAUUAGGUGAACACUAUCUGCAUACCAGCUACAGCAUACGUUCUGUAUUUUAUUCAUUUUCGUACUCCUGAAAGAGACUGACCGCCACCACUUUUCUCCUGGAACUAGUUUGUAGGAUCUGAGUGCUUUUUGGAAAUGUUGUGUGUUCAGAUCCAGGCUAUCCGGGGAUAUAAGACUUGAGGGGGUACCUGGUUGUUAUAUGUCUGUUUUGGGGUGUUGUCAAAAUUAUAGAUUUUUCUGUACCUGAGAGAUAAUUGAGUUAUAGUUUUUCUCACGUAAUUAUCUCUCAGGCACAGAGGAUCUUGGGAGAAAAGACCCUGUAAUUUUGUGUUGGAAACCCCAUGUAGGGGUCCAUGCAUAAAAGGCUGUGCGUGGCCCUUAAUAAAAUCAGUUCACUCCCAGCAUUCAGUCUCGACUAAUGUCUGUGGGAGAAAGCUAUACCUGCUCUGGAAUUAUGCUCUUGGGACAUCCUUGGCCGCGAAACCAGUGUUCCUAUCUGUGUGGCCUCCACACUACCUUUUAUUAAUAUAGAGGUCAUUGUGACCUGUAACGGCACCCCCAUGCAUAAAAGGGGUUAACAGCCGUUUAGUAGAUCUUCCCCUUCCAGAGACACAGGCACAGCUACUGCAGAACACCAAUCCGCCGAACAGGAAACCAUAUGAAUGCCGUAAACAGCCGAAUAGGUAAAACCAUACGAAUAGGUUUACACUCCUAGCAGUCAAACUGGAACAGCAUACAAUAAAUCCCCCGAAGAACGAGACAAAGCUCCGUGUUGAGGGUCAAGCAGUGAACAGACAAAGCUGUGGGUUUAUUGUUCUUAUAUACACAUUAGUACCACCCACAGGGUUUUGGAACACAACCAAUAAACACAUACAAUGCACUCAGACACUCCCACACAAAAUCCUCCCCUCUGCCUGUGAUUCAAUUACCUUACACAAUGGGUAAUGUAAUUAUAACAAGCAGAGAAAUACAAUUUUUCCACAUUAUUCAUAACUUACAUGUCCCUAGAUAGCUCAGAUCUGAGCGCACAUUAUUACUGAAUGGCGCUCAGAUCACAUACAUACAGUUCAAUUGCCAUGCCAUGGAGCCAAAGUCUUUCCCAUAGUCUUUCGUUAUACGAAUGGGCUCCAUGGCAUAGCUAUCUGGGGUAUCACCGCUCAAACAGGGCAAGCACCAAAUGACCCGGCUUUCAUGUCUUUGCAGGGGAAAAUCAAGCCUUUUAACAUGGGGCCAUAAUCCAGAGGCAACAGGCGAGCAACCAGGCUUCUCCAAUGCAAUGUGGCGAGAUUGCUUUCGUCACAUGACCCCCAUAGGUUUUAAUGUGGGGGGGUGGGGGCUUUGAAUUGUUAAUAUUUAUUACAAGGAAGUCGCUGGUUGCGCUGUCAGCUCCCUCCUUGAUCUUUUAUUUUGCCCAUGCGCAGUGUUAUUUUCGUCCUAACGGGCGAAAACAAAUUAUUUUUUACUGAAUUUCGUCUAAAAAAAAGGACUGUUUUACGGACGAAAUUGGGAAUGGAUGAAUUACAUUUUUAUUUAGUAUGAAUUAAUUCGUACGAAAUUAAAAUUUCACUGGUGCAUAUGUCUAGUUGCUAUAAUGAUCAUUGACGUUACAAAUUCUGACAUCAUUACUUACUUACUGAACUGCAAAUUGAAAGAAAUUUAAAUCCCAAUUGACCCAGGUUUCCUCCAAUUUAGGAACAAUCACAGCUUUUCUAUUUUAGAUUUAGAUUUGCUACAAUUUGGAGUUUAGUAAAUAGCCAUGCCAUUUUUAAUUGCAAUGAUUUAGAUUUCCUUACCAGCGACAUAGUAUUUAUCCAAGGUUAAAAUGUAGGAGUACAGCAACUAAACUGGGAAUUCUGGAGACUUAACAGGGGAGAACACACAAACGUUCUGUAAAAGAGUGUGUAGUUAUCCAAAAUAAUAAGAUUUUGGAUGUAAUAAAGGAUCCCGCUUGUGUUACUGUAUUGUUACAUAGUGACAGACAUAUUUGCUUCAUUCGGAUACGUGUUUCCUCAGCCGUGAUUUAACAUUACUUAAUUCAUUCCACUUGUGUAUUUUUUCAUCAGGUCUCCUACUUCCUUAUCAUCUAUCGAUCCCACAUCUUUGUCAAUAAUUUGCACAUAAGCUCCAGCUCUCUCUGACCCAAAAGUCACCACUUCAAAGCGGGUAAUUCAUCCAACAAUUACCCCCCUCCCUUCUCCCCCAAGUCCAUCUAGAUCAGUGGUUCCUAUCAUUUUAUGACUGGGACUCAAAUUAUAUAUACGGCAUUUGUUUGACUGCCCAUUCUUCAUAUGUUUUAUAAUUUAUAUAUUAAAAAGAAUUGAGCAGUCUGUGGAUGUGCGCUCUAAUCCAAUCUUUCUGGACCCAACUAAACUGUUACUUAGAUAGAGGUGGCAUGCCCACCUAACCGUUAACCGUUAACCCCUGAAUUUUUGCUUUUGUGACCCUUACCAGGGCUCCCAUUGCCUAAUAAACAAUUCCUCCUCAUUGUAGCAGCGGUGGGAUGCAAAGCCAUCCUUCAGGUCUGGAACCAGCUGCACGCACCCACCUUGGAGUAAUUUCUAACCAAGCUUGCUUUUCUUUUUAACCCCUUAAGGACACAUGACAUGUGUGACAUGUCAUGAUUCCCUUUUAUUCCAGAAGUUUGGUCCUUAAGGGGUUAAAAUGGAUUGGUUGGACACACUAACUAACAAAGAACUCCUAGCCAAAAUAUUUCUCUUGGCCUGGAGAUCAUCACCCUAGACGAAACUUUCAAAACCAAAGUGAAAACCACUUUGGCAUACACAGCAUGGUUUUUAGCUGAGGUGGUGGCGGGUCAGAGACCUCCUGGCAUUAAUUACUUGAUGGUCUUUUCUCACCAUAUUCUCGAGCACUUUCAUACAAUUGUGUGGGAGGACAGAGGGUUAUGGCAAACCGGCAAUUAGUUUACUAUGUUCCGUUUAAUUUAGUUUGGUGUUUCAAUUCACGCUAUGAUAAUGGUGUAACGGAAGACACUUGAACCAUGGACCUCCUUUGAUGUACCUUCUCCUGCUCCUAGCUGUCGAAAUGCAAGCUAUAGCCUAACCAAAAUAUGUUUUUCAUUGUCCUGAGCAAUAGCAGAUAAUAGUCCCUGACCCACGCAAGUGGUAUCUCAGGUACGAUAUUGGUGGUUGAAUAUGACUGCCACCCUCACCUAAGUGGUUAUGAUGUCCCUCUGACCUCCUACUGGUAACUGUUCAAGCUCAACCUCUUACUUAUUAACAAUGACUUAUUUUGUUUUGUAAAUCUUAUUUUGUUUUGUUCUGGUUUGUUUAUGUUGCGGAAACUACAAAAUAGUGACUGUAACUGAUUGAAUGUCUCUUUCUAACUAUCAAGACUGAAACAUAGAAACAUAGAAUGUGACGGCAGAUAAGAACCAUUCGGCCCAUCUAGUCUGCCCAAUUUUCUAAAUGCUUCUGCUUCUAAGUUGCUUCUAAGUUGUUGAUGUCAUUCAUGUCAAGCAUUCACAAUAAAACUAUUUUGGGAAAAAGAAAAAUAAAAUAGCAAAACACAUUUUCUAGAUGUGAGAAGAAUCAGCAUUACCAGUGCCACUACAGUAAACAAGUUAGUGACCAGGUUCCUAAACCUCUAAAUUAAAUAUAAUGUGACUGUUUCAACUAUUGGGGGCCCACUGAGUUGGCAUGGGGACACAAUUUUGGGUCCCAACCCAGGUGUUAUGAACUGCUGCUACAGAUUCCUUCAUAUUUAGUGUUUUAUGUGUCUCCCGGUUCCUCAAGAUUCUGUAAUACAUUGGGUUUCAUCUGCUCUACUCUAGAUUUUUCAUACUUCCUCUCCAUUGUCUGACCCAGUUUGUUCAACUGCUAGUAUGGUGGAUUUGACCAAUUUUCAUUUUAUUUUGUUACCGUGACAAUAUUUAAAUAAUUGUAUUGUAUCCAUUGCAGAUGAUGUUACGUUGUCAUCAAGAGGUUCAGUUCCUGGACCAGAAGAUGCGGCAGGAUGCUCUCCAGAGGAAAGGUCAGAGAAAGAGGAUGGUCAUCAGAAAGCCAAGCCUCCCUCAUCUACCACUAAACCGCGCAGGGCACGAACUGCCUUCACUUAUGAACAACUUGUAGCUCUUGAGAGCCGAUUUCGCAGUAGCCGGUACUUGUCAGUGUGUGAGCGACUGAGUCUGGCCCUGACCCUCCAACUUACAGAGACCCAGGUAAAGAUUUGGUUCCAGAACCGAAGAACAAAAUGGAAGAAGCAGCAGCCUAAUGGGAGUCUUGAAGGAAGAAUGUGCAACACACAGCCCUGUCCAACGAGCCCUAGUAUUCAGUUUAGUUCACCAUUCCAUUCCUACUCUUUUACAACACACAUGUCCCAUAUAAACCAUAGUUCGAGCCACCAUACUGCUUUCCCCCUUAUUUCUACUCAUUCCAGCUCAUUCCCACUGUUACCAGCAGGUGUCACCUUUUCCCCGUUAAUGGGUUCCAGCCGAAUGACUUCAUUUUACAGCCAUGCUGUUUGA